AUGUUCAAGAAGGCAGUGGAAGCAAGGUCACACCAGAGACUGUCAGGGGCUGAUAGGAAGAAGCUUAAGAGAAGCCUCAAAAACAAAUUUCCCAGAGCUUCUGAAUCCGAUAUCGAUUCUGUACUCCCUCCCAAGGUGGAGAUAGCAGUUGCAAAAUUUCAAAAUCGAGUCCAUGUAUAUGGUGUAGAGGGAGGCUUUCCUAUCUUCUUUGAUAUUGAUGGGCGUGGCACAGACAUUUUUCCCACAGUUUAUGCGCUCUGGAAGGUCCCUGAUCUCUUGCCUUCUUUCAUGCUGAAAGGGGGUGAGGUUUCUCGAUAUAUCAUUGGAGGGGCGGAUUUGAUGUUCCCUGGUAUCAGCAUACCUGCUGAAGGUCUACCUUCAUUUAUAGCAGGGGAAGCAUGGGCGGUAAAAGUUCCAGGAAAUCCUGCUCCAAUGGCUGUGGGGAUUACCACUAUGAGCAGUACUGAAGCAGCAAAAGCUGGCUUACGAGGAAAGGCCUUAAAGAUUAUGCACUAUUACCAUGACUUACUUUGGGAAUCAGUAGAGUGUCCUUAUGUGCCAAAUGUGGGCUUUUUUGAAGAUGUUGUGUUUGAGGAUCCUACCUUGUCAUCGUUGCAAGUUUCUGAUUCAUACUCUGGUGCAAAUGAUAGUUCAAAUGAUCAACAGAAUGGCAUCAGUGAUAAGGAAAAUGGGCAAUCUGUUGAUGUUGCUGAUGUGCUCUCUGAACCUAGUUCUGCUUUGGUGGCACAGACCAAUUCUGGGAAUGAGAUUGCUGAAGAAAUAGCUGCACAUGUAGACGAUCUGAAGGUAACAGAUGAUGGCUCUGCUGAUCAGUCGAUUGAGGAGGAUCAACAUCCUCUUUCCACUGAGGAUGUAGACACGCUUUUAGAAAAAUGCCUUUUGCAAGCAUUGCAUACAACUGUUAAGGAUAAAGACCUUCCCAUGCCUGGAAGCACACUUUGGUCAAACCAUGUUUUGCCUUGUAGGCCUUCCGGGAUCACACUAGACAUCAAGAAAUCAUCAUACAAAAAAUUAUCGAAGUGGUUACAAGCUAAAUCUUCUACAGGAUUGAUUACAGUGAAAGAAGAUAAAUAUAAAAAGGAGUCCAUAUUAUUAUCCGUUAACCGCAAGCAUCCAGAUUACUCAUCUUUCAAGCCAGAGAAACGGCAAGUGGAGAAAACUGUUCAAACUGGUGUUCCUACCGUCAGUGAAAGUCGGUCACUCAGAAUGCUUGAAGUGGUUGAGGUCUAUAAACCAAGUGUACACGUAAAUCCCAUAUUAGCUUCUGUAGGGGCUGACACAGGAAAACUUUACAGUGCUUCAGAGGCCACUGAUAUUGUCUUUACAUAUGUUGAAAAAGAAAACUUGGUUAAGCAGACAGAUAAAUCCAUUGUGGUUUUGGAUCCAAUAUUAUGUGAUGCACUGUUCAAAGGAGCCAUAAAAAAAGGUACAAUGUACCCAACGGAAAUUCAUAAGAGGGAUUUAGGAGCAGCAUUUGUAAACCGGAUGCAAGCCCAUCACGUUGUGACGAGGGGAAGUGAGUCGGUUGUUCGUAAAGGUGGUUUGAAAACAAUACAAAUAAUGACAGAAAGGCGGCAAGGUAAUAAGAAAGUAACCAAAUUGUCAGGACUGGAAACUUUUUUGGUGGACCCUGAAGCUUUGGCAUCAGAGCUACAGAAGAAGUUUGCUUGCAGCACAACAGUGGCUGAACUACCAGGUAAGAAAGGGCAUGAGGUUGUGGUUCAAGGUGGUGUGAUUGAUGAUCUGGCAAAGCAUAUGAUUGAACAAUAUGGGAUCCCAAAGAGAUCCAUUGAGGUUCUUGAUAAAACCAGGAGAUGA